AUGUCUCGUUUGUAUCCUCGAAUUGAAUUCGACUCAAUGAUAGUCGACAAUACGUGCAUGCAACUCGUAUCGAAACCAGAGCAGUUUGAUGUGAUGGUAAUGCCGAACCUUUACGGCAAUAUCGUUGAUAAUCUUUCUGCUGGUUUGGUCGGUGGUGCCGGUAUUGUGACGGGGCAGUCGAUUGGCUCGAAUUUUGUCAUCUUUGAGCCUGGCUCACCACAUGCUUUCCAGCAUGCUUUUGGAAGACAAAUAGCAAAUCCAACUGCAAUGAUACUCAGUUGUGCAGAUAUGCUAAACCACUUGCAUUUGAAAGAAUAUGGCGAUGCUUUGAGAAAAGCUGUCGAGAAAGUGUUAUUGGAAGGUAAAAUUCGUACUCGUGAUUUAGGUGGUUAUGCAUCAACGUCAGAUUUCGCAUAUGCUGUCAUUGAUAAUUUUAGAUUUAUCAAGGAAACAGUGCCCGAGAAAACUUAUGAAAUGAAUCGAGCAGCACUUUUCCGUGGCAUAUACGUUUUGAGUGUCGAUUCGCUGUAA